AUGGGACACGGCGAGAAAAAAGGCACUAUAAUUCUUGACAAUUUCAAUUCGACUACCAACCUCACAUCCAACCCUGGUUUCCAGUCCACGUUAACUUUGGGAUCAAAAGAUGCUAUUAACGAAAAGGCUUAUAAUCCCUUUGAGCACAGAAAAGUCGAACAUCCAAAUUCCACAAUUGGUUCCCUGGCUCACCUUUUGAAAUCCUCACUCGGCUCGGGGAUCUUGGCUAUGCCGGCUGCCUUCAGGAAUGCUGGAUUGGCUGGUGGGGCCUUUGGAACGAUUGUCGUUGGAUUUAUUUGCACGCAUUGCGUUUAUGUACUCGUAAAAACAUCACAAGAAGUAUGUGUAGAAGCAAAGAGGCCUUCAAUGGGUUUUGCGGAGACUUGUGGAGCAGCCUUCGAGUUUGGUCCUAAAAGAUUAAGACCGUGGGCGAAUUUUGUUCGAAUCUUCAUAGACUGGGCUUUGACCUGCACAUAUUUAGCCGCACUCAGUGUUUAUAUUGUAUUUAUUGCAGAGAAUUUUAAAGAGGUACUCGACGCGUACAUACCGGAGUACAAGUUAUCUGUGGAAACCUACUGCGCUCUUACUCUAUUACCUCUGGUGCUUAUUUGUCAAAUUCGAAAUUUAAAGUGGCUGGUGCCCUUUUCAGCGAUCGCCAACGUUUUUCUCGUCAUCUGUUUCGCGAUAACUAUGUACUAUAUAUUUACCGAUUUACCUAGCCCCGUGGAAAGGGAAAUGGUUGCUAGUGUUUCUCAAUGGCCUUUGUUUAUAAGUACAGUGAUCUUCGCGAUGGAAGGCAUCGGUGUCGUGAUGCCAGUUGAAAAUGAGAUGGCUAAACCAGAGCAAUUUCUGGGAUGCCCUGGAGUCCUCAAUGUGGCUAUGACAGUCGUGAUCGGCUUGUAUGGUAUUGUCGGAUUCUUUGGAUACAUGAAGUUUGGUGAUGAAGUGAGAGGAAGUGUCACUUUGAAUUUACCUCAGGAUGAAAUGCUCGCACAAAGUGCGAAAAUUCUCAUGGCGUUAGCUAUUCUGUUCACAUACAGCUUGCAGUUCUACGUACCUAUGGAAAUGAUUUGGCGGCAACUCCAUCAUAAAAUUGCUGUCAAAUUCCAUAACAUCACACAGAUUAGCAUACGCACUAUUUGCGUCAUUGGAUCAGUCGCUCUCGCCGCAGCAUUCCCAGAUCUAGAAUUAUUCAUCAACCUAUGUGGAGCCAUCUUCCUCUCAACACUCGGUCUUUUAACACCAGCCAUAGUAGACAGCGUUCAUAAAUGGGAGCGUGGACUUGGUAUCUUCAAAUGGAUUCUUAUAAAGAACAUUGGUAUCGCUUUACUUUCACUGGUGGCAUUAUUCGCAGGGUCAUACUCCUCUAUCCAUGCUAUGGUGGUAAAGUUCAGUACUGUAGAAGCGAUGAACGGAACAGUUAGUUUUAACGAUACUUUGACAGUAUGA